UUCUCCACUCCCAAUUUAGCUCAAAAAUGAAGAAGCUCUUCCUCUUGUUUGCUUUCACAUUGUGUUGUUCCUUUUCCUGUUCUCCAGCUGCAAAUGUGACUUACGAUCGCCGGUCUCUCAUCAUCGACGGCCAACGGAAGCUCCUCAUCUCUGCUUCCAUUCAUUAUCCUCGCAGCGUCCCUGGGAUGUGGCCAGGACUGGUUCAAACGGCAAAGGAGGGAGGAGUUGAUGUGAUUGAAUCUUAUGUAUUUUGGAAUGGUCAUGAGCCUUCCCCUGGAAAUUAUUAUUUUGGGGGACGCUAUGAUCUUGUCAAGUUUGUAAAGAUUGUGCAGCAGGCUGGGAUGUAUAUGAUACUUCGGAUUGGCCCAUUUGUUGCAGCAGAAUGGUAUUUUGGUGGUGUACCUGUUUGGUUGCAUUAUGUACCAGGAACUGUCUUUCGAACUGAUAAUGAGCCCUUCAAGUAUCACAUGCAGAAAUUCAUGACAUUCAUAGUAAACCUAAUGAAGCAGGAGAAGCUUUUUGCUUCACAAGGAGGUCCAAUCAUCCUCGCUCAGGUUGAGAAUGAAUAUGGUGAUAUUGAAAGAGUAUAUGGAGAGGGGGGCAAACCAUAUGCUAUGUGGGCUGCCAGAAUGGCCGUUUCUCAGAAUAUUGGAGUACCUUGGAUAAUGUGCCAGCAAUAUGAUGCUCCUGAUCCUGUGAUUAAUACAUGCAACUCCUUUUACUGUGAUCAGUUUACUCCUAAUUCUCCAAACAAGCCUAAAAUUUGGACUGAGAAUUGGCCUGGAUGGUUUAAGACAUUUGGGGCCAGAGAUCCUCACAGGCCCCCUGAAGAUGUUGCCUUUUCUGUUGCUCGAUUUUUCCAGAAAGGUGGAAGUGUACAGAAUUACUAUAUGUAUCAUGGUGGAACAAAUUUUGGUCGAACUUCUGGUGGACCCUUUAUCACAACAAGUUAUGACUAUGAUGCACCAAUUGAUGAAUACGGGUUACCUAGGCUUCCAAAAUGGGGACACCUGAAGGACCUCCAUAAAGCUAUAAAAUCAUGUGAGCAUGCUUUGCUGAACAGUGAGCCAAUUAAUUUGUCACUUGGUCCUUCUCAAGAGGCUGAUGUCUAUGCUGACACUUCAGGAGCUUGUGCUGCCUUUCUUGCUAACACAGAUGAUAAAAAUGACAUGACUGUUGUUUUUCGCAAUGUAUCAUACAACCUGCCUGCAUGGUCAGUCAGUAUUCUGCCUGACUGCAAGAAUGUAAUAUUUAACACUGCAAAGGUAACUUCACAGACCUCCAUAGUUGAAAUGGUACCUGAGGAUUUGCAGCCUUCAGUAACACUACAGAAUAAAGGCUUGAAAGAUCUUGAAUGGGAAGUAUUUGUGGAGCAACCUGGCAUUUGGGGAGAUGCUGACUUCAUUAAGAAUGGUUUUGUGGACCAUAUAAAUACCACAAGAUUUAGUACUGACUACCUGUGGUAUACAACAAGUAUAGUUGUUGGUGAAAAUGAAGAAUUUUUAAAGAAGGGAAGCCACCCAGUCCUUUUAAUUGAGUCAAAGGGUCAUGCUCUUCAUGCUUUUGUGAAUCAAGAGUUUCAAGGAAGUGCAUCUGGAAAUGGAUCAAAGUCAUCCUUCAAAUUUAAGAACCCUAUCACUCUCAAGGCAGGGAAGAAUGAAAUUGCUCUCUUAAGCUUGACUGUUGGCCUACAGAAUGCAGGACCAUUUUAUGAGUGGGUAGGGGCAGGACUAACAAGUGUCAAGAUUAAGGGCUUCAACAAUGGCACAAUAGAUUUGUCUACAUAUAGUUGGACUUACAAGAUUGGAUUGCAAGGAGAGCACCUUGGUAUCUACAAGCCAGAGGGUUUGAAUGCUGUAAAAUGGCUGUUGAGCUCAGACCCACCAAAAGAUCAGCCCUUGACAUGGUAUAAGGCUGUUUUGGAUGCACCUACAGGUGAUGAACCAGUUGGACUCGAUAUGAUCCACAUGGGGAAAGGUCUAGCUUGGUUAAAUGGAGAAGAAAUUGGAAGAUAUUGGCCUAGGAAAAGUUCAACAAAGGAACAUUGUGUUCAGGAAUGUGAUUACAGAGGUAAAUUCCGCCCAGACAAAUGCUUGACUGGCUGUGGAGAACCAACACAAAGAUGGUAUCAUGUUCCACGGUCUUGGUUCAAGCCAUCUGGAAACAUUCUGGUGAUCUUUGAGGAGAAAGGUGGAAAUCCAACAAAAAUCACAUUUGCUAGAAGGAAAACUUCAGGUCUAUGUUCCGUCGUUGCCGAGGAUCACCCUAUGAUUCACAAAGAAUCAGUUGCUGGAACAGAAAAUAACCGAACCACCACACCAACUUUCAGUCUCAAGUGCCCCAAAGAUAAACAUAUAUCCAUUGUGAAAUUCGCUAGCUUCGGAAAUCCUACCGGAAAAUGUGGAUCCUACACAAAGGGGGAUUGCCAUGACCCCAGUUCAACAUCUGUGGUUGAAAAGCUGUGCUUAGCUAAAAAUGAGUGCGCUAUACAACUAUCAGAAGCGAAUUUUAACAAGGGAUUGUGUCCUGGCAUAACUAAGCAACUGGCGGUAGAAGCAGUUUGCAGCUGAAAUAACUAGUUACGACGAAAAUGCAGAGUAAAAUCACGGCCGCACGGUGAUGAAAAAGGGAAACAAAGUAAGAAAAUUUUUUUGCAAAGUAUUCCAUUGCCUAUGGGUUUUUUUAUAAUCAUGUAAUCCAUUUAUGCAGCACGGCAGCAGGAAAUACUGCUGUUCUGCUCUCGUCUUGUUUAUGGUGUUUUUAUGCUUAAAUGUGUAAAAACAAACUGCGAUUUUUUUUUCCUAGUUUUUCAUUGUCAGCAUCAAUAAUAUUGGUUUGGUUUG